AUGGUAUUUUACGGCCGCAAGCGAUAUGUCGACAUUUUAGACUGCUAUCUACAGCAGAACCUGGCCUCCAACGGGGGCUACUUUGACGAGGUUUGGUUCAUGGCCCACACGAAGGACAAGGACGAUGUCGCCUGGAUAGAAGACGUGGUGAAGAGAACGCCGGGAUACAAGAUUAUCGGCAAGGGCGAUUGCGAAGGCAAAAAGUACAGCUGCAUGUGGAACUAUGCUAUCGAAGACAAUACCAUCUAUGUUAAGAUAGACGACGAUAUCGUGUACAUCCACCACGACGCUAUUCCCCAGCUCGUCCAUACUCGGAUCGCCCUCCCUCACCCUUACGCCAUCUCGUCCAACCUCGUCAACAGCCCGGUUACGGGUAUGGAGCAGUACCAUUACGGCGCCAUCCACCCCUUCCUCCCCGACCCGAGUAGCAAGCCUUCCUUUACCGCAGCCGAGACGUGGAGGGUGUCGGAGAAGAAGAAGUAUCCCGACUUGGAUUUGAUCGAGGAUUACGACGUUAUACAUAUGCGAUCCCCGUACCGCGGCCAUCCGUGGCUUCUCAUAUCCGACGACCACUACGACUUGCUCAGGACUCCGAUGGGCAAGUACGACCAGAACCGAGGCUCUGAUCCGAUCGCGUUUGGUGCCGCGUGGAAAUCCUGGGGCAUCGGCGCCCAGCAGCAAUAUUCCCUCCUGCACAAUCUCGAGCAGAAUAAAGUACAGCGGUACUUUUUUGGUCGAAACAUCAAAUAUCCCGAGGGUUCUUCGGCGGCCAACUCGUCGGCGACCAUAACGGACGACGGCACCGGCCCCGGCGGCGAGCAGACGUACGACACGGGCUAUACGCGGUACAACCUCAACUUCUGUGCGGUCUGGGGGUCGGAUAUCCGAGACCAGCUACCCAUCGCCGACGACGACGAGCAGGACAUCACCUCAGACAUCCCUAAGCGCAUCGGGCGGCCGUUCCUUAUCGAUACGCGUUCCGUAGUCGCGCACUUCAGCUUCUUCACCCAGCAGGACGGGAUCACUAAGACGGACCUGCUCGAUCGAUGGCGGGCGUUCGCCAAUGAGGCGGUUUGCAAACCGGAUAACCUGAAGAAGCCGUGGGAUUUGAUAUGCCAGGGAUUCGAGGGCGGGUCUGGAUGA